AUGACAGAAGAAAAAGACUUUAUAGUAUUUGAUGUGGAAAAAGAAAAUAAAAAGAAUCAAGUUGUUCAAUGUGCUUUCAAUGGAAAUGAAUCAAAACUUAGUUCUAAUGGAAUAACUGGUAAUGUUAAUAUAAUGUUGACUAAUACUGAUGAAACAGAUACAGACGUUGAAGAGAUGAAUUAUAUUGUAAAAAAAAUUAGUGAAGAAAAUUAUUUUUAUUAUAUGCGAUCAGAGUAUGAAACAUUUUUAUUAAAAUUCACUACAACAAAUAUGAAAAAAUUAUCAGAUCAAUUCUAUAAAGAGUUUGUCAAUAAGAACAUUAAAGUGUUCUUUAAUAAAAUUAAAAAAGAAACAAUGUACACGGAAUUAAUAUUAAAGUUCAUAACAUUUUAUUUAAAUUUAUUCUUUUCUAGAAUUGAACUUGUUGAUGAAGAAGGAUGGAAGUUAUUUGGUGAUAUUUUCAAUUAUGAAGAAUUUAAGAAAAGUAAAACUGUGUAUAAUAUUGAAAAGGCAAAGUAUAUUGAAGAAGUACCAUUAGUUGUUGAAUUUAUUAUAGAAAUAAAUAAAAUAGAUGGGUUUAAUAAAAUAUAUGAAAUGAUUAGAUUAUAUGAUUUAAAACUUCUUAAUUCUAUGCUUACAUCUGUUAGUUAUAUUUUUUCAAAUGACAAUAUGUAUUUAAUUGAAGACCAAAGAACAGAAAUAGCAAAAGGUAUUUUUGAAAGAAUGCAAGAAUUGGAUUGUAAAACUUGUUCUAUUCAAUUAAUCAAAUCAUUUAUAUCAAUAUCUGAACAUUUUCUUUGUGUUGAAUAUAUAGAUUAUAUUAUUUGUUGUGUAUUAGUAAAAUCAUUAAAUUCUUUUGAUCAAAGAAUGACAUUUUUUACUUCUGCUACAAGACUAUUAAAAAAAUUAACAUGUGAAUGGGUAAAAGAAGAUUUAAAUAAACAUAGUUUAUUAGAAGAACAUAAAGAAGAUCCUUUUAAAACACAAAAUGAAAUUGUUGAAUUAUUUAUUCCUUGUUUAAGUAUAUUAAAUGAAUCUAUUCAAAAACAAAUAUUAAUUACAGCAUUACCAAUUUUUGAUUUCUUAAGUAAACAUGGAAAGAAAUCGGAAAUAUUUGAACGUUAUUUAAUGAUUAUUGGGAGCGGACAUAUUUCAAUUGUUGAAGUUAUUAUUCCUGUAUUUAAAAGUAUGAUUGAAGAAGAAUUAAAUGAUGAGACUUUUUCAUUAGUUAUUUCAACAUUAAGAAAAGUAGAAGACAAAACUAUUGGACAUUUUGAAUUGUUUUGUGAUUUAGUUGAAAAGAAAGUUUCACUUUUAAAUGAGUUAUUUGACUUAUUUAUUAAUAAAAGUGAUAUAGAAAUUUCUCAAAUGUCAACUUUAUUUUCUAAAGUUAUUCAAGUAACUGAAGACAACCCUUUAUUUAAUGAGUUAAUUAAUAAGAUUAAAGAAUUUAUUGACAAUUCAUAUAAGGAAGAAAAGUCAAUAAUAUUUUGUGAAGCUGUAUUUGCUUUAUUAAUUGAACAUUCCCAAAGUAGAAUAUUCAUUGAAAAAGGAAUAAAUGAAAUAUUUAUGAAAGUAAUCACUGAUAAUAUUCAACUGGAAUUUACUAAUGAAAGAAAGGAAAUAGUUGGUGGUGCCUUAAAUGUUUUGUUAGGAAUGUCUCUUAUUGAUAUUGAAUUACCAUUAACACUAUUUUCAGAAUUAUGGGAAGUUUUUAUGAACCAAAACACUUCACAAGAAUUUAAAAGUCAAUUGUUUUUAUUCUUCAAUAAUUUCUUUAGUAAAGAUAGUGAAGCAAAAGAAUUAGCUUUAUGCCCAUUAGAUGAACAUCUCCAUAAUGAUGAUGAAAUUAUUCUUUUUGACUCUUCUGAAGGAGUACAAUUAAUUAAAGUAAUCAUUGAAGAAGUAAAUAAAGAAGCUUUAAUAAAAAAUGGAGAAGGAUAUAAAUUUAAUGGAAAUUUAAAUGAUAUUGCUCAUCUUGUUCCAUUAAAGCGAUUAUUGAUUAUCACUAAUAAUAAAGUUACUGAAGAAAAAGCAAUGGAUUUAUUGGUAUCUAUUGUUAAGUCAGUUCCUGUUCAAGUUGGAUGGAGGGUUGUCAUAGAAUGGAUAAAAGACAUUAACCAAUUAUAUUCUCAGAGCCAUGACGAUAAAUUAAAGAAAGAACAAGUUAUUAAUUUAAAAGUUUUAAAUGCCUUAUUAAUUGAAUGGACUUCAACUAGUGAAGGAAAAGCAAUUUCUCAUGUAAGGUCUUUAAAAGGAAAACCAAUGAUAUUUAACGUUAUUAUAAAGACAGGAGAAAAGGUUAUUAUGAAAAACCAAAUUAAAAUUUUAUCAUCUUUAAGUAUUGGAGAAAUGAAAAAAAGAAUUGAGAAAGAAUUUAAAAUUGAUUUAGAUAAAUCAACAAUUGAAAUAGAUGGUGUUGAUGAUUUUGAUGAAACCACAAGUAUUAGUGAUUUGUUACUACAAAAUGAAAGUGAAAUUGUUGUAAAAAUGGCAAAAGAAGAAAGUGAUAAUUCGUUAUUUAGAUCAAAUGAAUUCCCAUCUUCUCAGUAUUACAAAAAAGAAGUUAGCAUGGAAGAUGUUAAAACGUUAGUAGAAAUGACUGGAGUUUCAAAACAAAUUGCAUACUGUGCUUUAAAAAAAUAUUUAUAUUAUUCCAAUGCUGUUGAUUUAGCAUGUUCAGCAUUGUUUGAUGAUAUUGACUCUAUUACAGCGGCAUAUACAAAAGACCUUGAAAAUGGUGAAAUUUAUGAUAUUCCAGAUGAUGAUGAAGUUCCAAAAAAAGAAGUAGAUCUUUCAUUUAUUAAAUUAGUCUCAGACUCAGAUGAAAUAAUAACAAUUGUUGAGUGUUUAAAAAAACAUUUUGGAGAAGAAGUUGAAAAAAUUGUAUGGAAAAUUAUGAUGAGUUUACCAUCAUUUAGUGGAAUAAUGAAAAAAGUUAAUUCGUGUUUUGGAAUGAGUGAACUGUAUGGACCAAAAGGAGUAUUUAAUCUAUUAACAGAACAGAGUGACUAUACAUUAUUAUAUACUUUACAAUUAGUUGAUAAAAUAUUGUUUCCAGAAAAAGAUAAUGAAAAUUCUACUACAACAGAUACAAUAAAAAGUCAAACAUUAUUAAGGGAGAUUAUUGUUAAAUCUCAACCAAUUUUUGAUCAAAUUUGUUUGGCAUUCAGAAGUGUAUUAAGAAGAGAAAGUAAUUUGAUUGUUGAUAUUGUUGAAAUGUUCAGUAAGAUAUUUUCAUUCUUUAUUCAUAAGUUAUGUAAGCAUCAACAAUUGACAUUUAAUGUGACAGAAAAUCAUGAACUUUUUGAUGAAUGUUUUGAUAUAAUUCUUAAGAACCCAAACAAUCCUCAUAUUUCAGGUGUUUUUAUUUCUAUUUCUUCUUCUGUUUGCGAGUUAAGAAAUAAAGGGUCUAGUAUUAAUGUUGUUCCUGAUCUUCAUGACUUUCUUAUUCAAUACUUCAAUUCACAACAAAAGUAUGAUGAUGAACAAGUCAUUACAAUAUCAUUUAUAACUUCGUUAGUCAAUUUUUAUCAAAGUAAUUCAACAUUAUUAUAUGACCAAACACAAAAGUUAAUGAAAGAUUUAUUUAAUGCAUUAGAACUUUAUGGAACAAAAAGGGCAAUAUAUUUUUAUACUAAAACUAUUUGUUUAUUGAUUGAAAGUAUUAAUGAAAAUAUUAUUGAUUUUCAAGAAGUAUUUGAUUAUGUUAUUCAAAAGAUAUGUACUGUUGAACCAAAUGAACAAUUUACUGAUGACUCAGAUUAUUAUAUCACUGGGUUAUUAAAAAUUGCUAAAUUAUUAUUACCAAAAGUUGAAAUUAUUCCAGAGAAGAUAGAUUUAACUAUUUCUAAAGUAUUUAAUAACUGCUAUGGAAAUCCAUUAAAAUAUAAAUUAAAAUCAGUAAGAAAUAGUUCAUAUGAUUUAAUUAAUACUGUAUUUACAAUUUGUCCUAAUCUUAUUAAAAUGUUUAGUACUGAAGUAUUUGAUAAAUGUUUCCAAUACAAAGUUAUUAAAAAAUUAGAUAUAGUACCAAAGACGAGUAGAACUGGAUAUAGAGGAAUAAGGAAUAUUGGAUCAACAUGUUAUAUAAAUUCAAUUCUUCAACAACUAUUUAUGAUGAAAGAAUUUAGAGAAAAAAUUUUAAGAAUAGUAUCAACUGAUACUAUGAAAGUUACAAAACAAUUGCAAAAAUUAUUUAUUUCAUUAAAAGGUGGAAGUCAAGAUUGUUAUAGUGCAGACUCAUUAAUCGAUGAAAUUCAAAAACAUAAAAAAAUGUAUGACCUCAAAGUUCAGCAACAUGACGCUUGUGAUUUCCUUAUUAUGUUACUUGAUUGUUUAGAAGAUGAAAUGAAUAAAGGAAGUCAACAACAAAUAUUUCCAAUAUUUACAUUACAAACUGUUAUACAAACUGAUUCACUAGAUAGUACUGUAAAAGAAAACCGUGAAACAAAAGAAGAGUUUAGAACUUUACCAUUACCAAUUCAAGGAAAAAGAAAUGUAGGACAAUGUUUAAGUAAUUUCUUUAAACCAGAAUUCUUUAAAGGAGAUAAUAGAUUAAAAACUGAUGAUGGAAGGUAUUUUAAUGCAGUAAAACAAUAUAAAAUUGAAAGUUUACCUCAUUAUCUAUUUUUACAAUUAAAUAGAUUUGAUUCAUUUGAUGUUAAUGUUAUGAAGAUUAAUGAUAAAUGUGAAGUACCAUUAACUCUUGAUUUAAGUAAAUAUAUGAAAAAUAAAAAUUUAAAUGGAGAAUAUCAUUUAAAUGGUGUUGUUAUUCAUACUGGAAAUGCUGGGUAUGGACAUUAUUUUUCAUAUAUUUUAAACGAUGGAAAGUGGAUAGAAUUUAAUGAUAGUAGAGUUAGUUAUAUUUCAUGUGAUAUGGCAACAAGGAAUAUGAAUGGUGGAUACAAGGAUUUUGGAGGCUAUUUGCUCGUGUAUGAAAAAAAGGGUUAUCAAGAAGAACAAAAUCUAGACCAAGUUGGAGAGGAUAUUCUAAAAGAAUUAAAAGCUGAAGAAGAAAGGAUUAGUAAUGAUGUAAUGUAUCAUGACAACCAAUGUUUAAAAUUAAUACUUAAACAAUCUAAAUUAUUUGAUCCAACAGUAAUGGGAAAAGCUAUUAUGUAUUGUUUUAGAUAUGCAUUUUCUUUAUUAGAUGAAGGAGAACAAAAUAAUGGAUUAGUUGAUCAAAUUAUUGAAGGUAUGACGAACUAUAAUAAUCCAGAGAUUGGUAAAAAAAUAUUAGAAGAUGCUAUUAAAAAUGAUUUUGUUUCUUUAUAUUGUAUUACUUCAUUAGAAAGUAUAAGAACAAGAGCAUCAAGAUUAAUAACAACCGUAAUUAGAUGGGUAGCUGAAAAUGAUUCAGUAGUGUUAUUCUCAGAAAGUGAGAUAUUAUACAAGUUCUAUCAAUAUCUAAGAUCGUUAUUAAUAUUUUCAAGGUCAUAUCCAAAAAAUUUAAAACAAUACUUUAUAUUGUUUGAUGCCUUAGCUUCAAUUGGACCACAAGCAUGUUAUUCUUUAAGUAAAAUGGGAUUAAUCAAAUCAUUUUGGUAUUAUUUCCUUAAUAAAAAUGAAUUUACUGAAAAAAAUAUCAGUACUAUAGUGUUAGAUGUAUUUCCUGAUUUAAAGUAUUUUGUAACAACAUUACAAAAAGUUAUUUGUUCAUGUUAUACAGAUGAUCAUAAUAAACAAAUAACUCCAUUUUCAAAUACACAAAAUUCAGAAUAUUUAGAUAAUUCAUAUUCAAAGUAUAAAAAUUUAAUAUUUUCAAGUGAUUUAUUACUUCAAUUAAUUGCGUAUAAUUAUGACUCGGGGUGUAUUUUACUAAAACAUAUUAGUUAUAAUAAUUUUGAUGAAAGUUUAAAUAUUAUUAACCAAUUUAAAGAAUACAUUCAUCUUCGUAAACAUGAAAAUGAAUUGAGUAACUUUUUCAAUGUGUUUGAUGAAUUGUUAAUGAUGAAUGAUGACUAUUCUGAACUAAGAGCUUUUUGUCUAUUUUCUCCAUAUACAAACAAACAAAGAAGUUCUUUAUGUGGAAAUAUCCCACAAACAAUGACAAAUGGUUUAUUGAAAAAGUUUAAUAUCUAUUCACCAUCAUCAAAAUUAAAACUAUCAUUUAUAAUUCGAAUGUCAAAAAAAUUACCAUAUGUUAAACAAAUGUUAUUGGAAAAUACAAUGGUAUUAGAAAAAAUGAUCAAUUAUUUAAAUCAAAUUAUUAGAACUAAUUAUCAUGUAUAUAAAGAAAACCUUUCGGAACAAGAUUUCAUAGGUUAUGGAAAAUAUAUCAUUCAAACUAUACCAGAAGAAACAAAAAAAGAAAUUGAAUUCCAAGAACUUACUUAUUUACUUGAAUUAGUGGAUGAACGUUCAUCUAUGUCAUUUGAUAUUAAUGCAUUAGAACAAGAAAUUAAAGAAACUAAAGAAGAGUUAAAACCACUUAAAGAGUAUCAACCUACUUCUUCUGUACCAACUAAAGUAGUUUCAGAUAGUGGUUAUUUUGAAUCAGAUAUUAAUGAUGAUAUUGGUUUGUCUACAACAUAUUCUCAUUAA